AAAUUUAACAGUUGCAUCAUUUAUGUUCUACUAUUCACAGUGAAAGGCGAUUUUAAAUAAAACCAAUAAGAUACGCCAAUUUCACUUUUCAUUUCUGUUUUGACGUGACUACGGACGGAAACUCCGACUGUGAUCAUGACAAGCAGAAGACGCAACGGGCACUCCGGUCCUUACAGUAGGGAGAGUGGAUUGAACAGUGAUGGAAGUCACACAACACCAAGACAUCCCUCAGCUCGCUACAGUUCAUCCGCAGCGAACAAUACCGACCAAGAUUUUUCGACAGCUUCAUAUAGAGAAACUGAUGAUAUGGACCACAGCACUAGUUCACACCGCCAAUCAAGAACAAUGCCAGGACCAGGACGUCGAUACCAGAGUGGAUAUUCUGGGGAUCCUAGCAGUACGGCAUCCUCCCACAGCUUAUCGAGAAGUGGAAAACGCCACAGCCGAACGACAACCGGAACUGACUCCACGUUGAGCGACAAUUCAUCAAGAUCCAACGAUUGGCAUAACCAACGAUCAGACGAUGCGAGUUCAUACACUUCAGGAGAGAGCUACGAUACGGACGACACCGAACAUGGACGUAGACGUAGUCAUAGAAAAUCUAGGGAUACUCAUCACUCAUCUGACUAUAGUGGGAGAUACUACCCUGACCCAAUGGAUAAUGACGAGAUGCGUCGCCUGCAGUCCGGAUACUCGCAAGAUACGAGCACAGGAACGGAUACUACUCUCACAAAUGGGGAUGAUCAGCAAAACGACAUUGAUGAACUAGCAAAUUAUUUUAACCGUCGCUUGGAAGACAUGCAAAAGCAAACUUCGCGAUCAUCAGCUAGCAGGGGAUACUCACAAAGAGAUAACUACCCAGACGAUGUAACAUCGACGUACAGUUAUAAUAAUCAAAACCGAACUGAAUCUUCUGACCGUCCUUCUAAUUACAACAAUCGCACAAUCAGACCAACAAACAGAGCGAUAUCAAGCACAUCCGAGAUGACACCGACCAAUAGCAGAUCGAUUGACCACACUACCAGCGGAACUAAUAGCACCAUAACUCUUGCGCGUGAUGAAAUUGAAAGUCUGCGCUCACAAAUAUCGCGAGGUAUGGACGGCAGAGACGACAAGUCCAGUCGUACCGGCGACAUGACAUCAUAUUUCAGUAAAAGACUUGAAGAGUGCCAACAGCAGGUUUACAAUGCUGUGAAUUCAGUUCAAUCUCAGGUCGGGCAAGUGAGGGAUCAAGUAGAUGGCAGUAUGAGAAGGCGUCGAGGCAACGAUUGGGAAUCACGUGAGGAAGAAUCAUAUGAUAGUAGCGAUAGUGGCAUCGGGCCAAGAAACUUGACGAUCAGACCACUCACUAGAGCGCAUGCGAAUGCUAUGGCAGAGCGUCAAGCAUCCUAUCCAAAAGGUGCGUCAUAUAGGACAGAUGUCCAAACCCCAGUCUUUGAACCACCAAUGUCACAUAUGGACGAUGAUGACAAUUACUUGGGCAGCAACAUGCCAAGUCACCCUGAAUCAAACAUGACACCAAGCCCACCACCGCCAGAACCAAUCUCCAAAUCCCUAAAAUCAGACAUGGUUAACGAUGAUAUGCCGAUUCCAUUUCAAACAAACUUUGACGAAGAAGAGGAAUGGGACGAUUUUGAAGAGUUUAUCGACGAUGACACACCAGCUCCAGAGGCUUCGAUUCCAGUACCAAAAGUCGGGUUCAAGACUAAUAACUACGCAUAUCAAGCUGUUUACAUUACCUACAUAUUGUCUUUCUUGGCCUACGUUUACGUCAGAAUUACGUACACACUUGACGCACCCGGUCUGAACAGAGUCUAUUGUAUCGUCGUUGCUUCCCUUGAAAUUGUUACAGCACCCUCUCUAUUACUCCAGGGAUUAUGUCUUUGGAGAUGGAUAUCUCGUAAUCCGCCCCCUGGCAAUGCUUUUGAACGACCGAAAUUUCAUACUUGCCGUAUCAUGGUGCCUACGUACAAGGAACCUCUUGAAGUGGUCGCCGGAACCAUACACGAAAUUAUUCAUAUGGAACUUCCACCAGGUCUGCACGUACACGUCUACGUACUUGAUGACGGUAAAAGAGAAAAUCUUGAAAAUUGGGUUUUGUCGAAAAGAACAAAGCGUGGUAUGUACCUCCAUUACAUUGCUCGUCCCAAGUUGCCUGGAAUUCCUCAUCACGCGAAAGCUGGAAACAUUAAUCAUACUCUCCACUUCAUUUUCGAUGAUGCACAGACUGAAGGAGAAUGUGUUGCUAUUUUCGAUGCCGAUUUUAUGCCCAGGCGUAACUACCUGAUGCAGGUUUUACCGGUGUUUUCUGAGAAGCGUACCCGUCCACUUGGUCUAGUACAGACGCCACAGUUUUUCUACAAUGUAAACCCCGAUGAAGACGUAUGGGACCAUCUUAACGUUUCAUUUUUCCAUCGUAUCGAACCUAGCUUGGACAGAUGGAGUGCUGUCAACUGCUGCGGAACAAAUUUCAUCGUGAGAGCUGAUGCUCUGAAAGAUGUCGGUUAUUUCCCUGUCGGUUGUCUUACAGAAGAUACGUUGCUGUCUCUUAGGCUUUGUACAAUGGGAUGGGGUGUAGCCUACCAUCACGAAGUACUUGCUAUUGGUCAAUCUCCUCACGAAAUCACGGAAAUUUUCAAACAACGUUCCCGUUGGUGCAAAGGAAAUUUACAGAUUUUCUUGGACGAAUUCCCACUUAUGCAGUCUGGUCUUUCACUAUCUCAGCGAUUGUUCUACAGUUCUUGCGGUUUCAACUAUUUCUGCGCUUCGAUUUCAAUUCCGUUUUUCCAGCUUGUACCUGCGUGGGCUAUCUUCUUCGGUCUCUGGCCUGUAUCCAAAAUCGGUCUCGAGUUUGCGUUUGCUUUCUUUAUCUACUACAUUCUCGGAAACAUUCUCUUGCUUUUCCCGCCUCCACGUUUCGGAGUCAAAGACAUGUGGAACGGAGAAUUGGCAUCUACGAACUUGUGGUUCACGUACUUCAAUGGUGUGCGUCGUAUUGUGGGAACGAAGAUUUUGAAAGGAAAAGGUGAACUGACGUUCAAGACUACCAAAAAGAAGGCUGAGGGUGAAGAUGAAUUAUCAAAAGUAGGAUUCAGAAAAGAAGAUGUUCGUGCUUGCUACAUGCAUUUCAUUAUGUUCACCAUUAUGUUGGUGACAAUCAUUUAUGCUAUCGUUAAAGCUAUCAUCGCCGAAGAUGUGAAAUUCUACUUCUACUACAUGUACAUGAUUGGUAUGUCCUGGGCUAUGAUCAACAUGGUGCCAUAUUUGAUUGUAGUAAUCUACUGCUGGUACCGGGUUCGUAUUCCGGGUCUGAUGGUUGCUUGUUUCCGUAACAUCCAACUUUUGCUGAGAAUCGUGUGUGCUGCUCUCAUUUUGGUGCAGGCUUUCACAACAAGAAAUUUGACAGAAAACUUUAUCUGCGGUCACGAAUAUGAGGCUACGCUCGGAUUGAGUCAACUCACUAUGGUCACCACUCUUGAUGAAGCAUCUGGUCUUGACGUAGAAAGAAAUGCUUUCUGGCUGCUCGGUUUGGACGACGAUUUCUAUACAAUGCAGCAAGUAAAAAGAUCAGCUUGUGAUGAUGCAACUGUCCCAGUUAUUGUAUUUUUCAUGCAUCCUUCGCAGGGCUUAGUGUUAGAAGUGGAGGCUGGGCAUUACAUGCCUGAGGAAAGAAUCGGUACUUGGGAGGAAUAUGACGAAAAGCUGGAUUAUUACGCUGAACAUCUAUCGGAGAUUCCUUCCAUAAUUGUAAUGGAACCUUCGUUACUUAUGCACACAUUUAAUUCGAAAACGGAAUAUCACAAUACAGAAUAUCAGCUCGCCUACGCCGCCCGUGUUGAACAAGUAAUAAACAAAUUCCCAAAUUCUUGGGUUUACGUGGAUGCCGGUAAUGCUAUGUACUUGCAAUGGACUGUUAACUUGGAACAUAUUAUAUCUGUGUUGAAAAAGAUGCCUGCGAAUGUAAGAGGAUUCUCAGUAAACGUCGGUUCAUUUGUAAACAGCACGUUUAAUCGACAAUUAGCUGAGGAAAUUCAUUGCCAAACUGGAUUGCAUUAUAUUGUUGAUACAUCUCGUAAUGGCGGAUCAUUUUCAAGAAGAUCGAUUGAGGAAAUUAACGAAUGUACAUACGAUCCACCGAUGGUGGAGAAAGGAGACACUCCAAGUUGGCAAACAGGGGCAGCGUUGCGUCAACAUCAAGCACAGCAACUUGCUAAUACCAUAACGAUCGAAGAACCAGAAAUUGCAGUUGCCAUUGAAGACGAAUUAGAGGACGAUUCGACGAACUACGAUAUUGAUAUUAUUGGUAAACGAAAGAAGAGAUGGUCACUGGAUGGAACUAAUGAUGGAAAUGCGCCGGUUUACGCAUACGAUAAUGAGGCUGCUGGAGGAGUUAACCCUGGAGGUGGUGGUGGAGCCGGCGGCGGUGGGGGAGGAGGCGGAAAACGCGCUGGAGGAGGAGGAGCAGGUAAAGGAGGAGGAGGUGGUGGUGCCGAGGACUACGGAGACCCAGGUUUUGGUGACUACGACGGCGAUUACUACUACCCAGGAGGUGACGUUAAAGCGAAAUCCUGUAUUACACCCGAAGGCCAAGAAGGACUGGAUGCAUUUGCCUGGGUCAAGACGCCUGGUGAAUCUGAUGGUCGCAUGUUUACCGCCGGUACCUUCCAUCCGUGUCUCUUGGGUCAUAUUAUUGAAUGCACUGAUACUUGUCCCCAAUAUGUACCUAAAUUAAGUGGAGAAUUUCAAAGGAGCGAUUCGUGUAAAUGCAUAGAUGACUAAUUAGAUCCAAAAUUUUAACGGGCGAUUAAUACAAUUUUUAAAUUAAAAUUGAAGUUUUAAUUCGAGUCAAUUAUAUAUUAUAAUUUAUCUUUUCGAAAUCUUUUUAAGUGAUGAAGUGCUUUCCAUUACGUGGAUAUUCCUUUUAUUGCAUAUAAAUAUCGUGUGCCUACAA